AUGCUCGCCAUGUCCAGAGACUUCAGCUCCAUAACAUCCAUCCUCAACAAUAUAGGUCCAUUCAACGAGGUUCCCGAUGAAUACUCCCCUCAAGAAACCAUCAAUGCAUUGUCCAGCUCCAAGAUAUUGGUCAUCGGUGCAGGUGGUCUAGGGUGUGAGAUCCUCAAGAAUCUUGCCUUGACGGGUUUUCAAGACAUUCAUGUCAUAGAUAUGGAUACCAUCGAUGUCUCCAACCUCAACCGUCAAUUCUUGUUUCGAGCCAAAGAUGUGGGCCACUCCAAGGCCCAAGUGGCCGCCGAGUUCAUCCAGGAAAGAAUCGAGAACAAUCAUCUCAAGAUCACCCCAUUCUUUGGCCGCAUUCAGGACAAGCCUGUGGAGUACUACAAGCAGUUUGACGUGGUAAUCUGUGGCCUUGAUAGCGUGGAAGCAAGGAGGUGGAUCAAUGCUACUUUGGUUUCCUUGGUGGACAAUGAAUUGAAUAACCUCAUACCGUUGAUCGAUGGAGGAACAGAAGGAUUCAGGGGACAAUCCAGAGUGAUUUUGCCCAAAGUCACCUCAUGCUACGAAUGUACCUUGGAUAUGGUCACCCCAAAAACAACCUAUCCUGUGUGCACCAUUGCCAAUACUCCCAGAUUACCAGAACAUUGCAUAGAAUGGUCAUCUGUAAUGGAAUGGCCUCGAAAUUUCGGAUCUCAGAAGUUCGAUGCCGAUAAUCCUGAGCAUGUGGAAUGGAUGUACCAACUGUCCCUCAAAAGAGCCCAGGAAUAUAACAUAGAAGGAGUCACCCGCCUGUUGACGCUUGGAGUAGUCAAAAAUAUCAUUCCUGCUAUCGCAUCGACAAAUGCCAUCAUCGCAGCUUCUUGUUGUAACGAGGCAUUCAAAUUGGUGACCAAUUGCAAUCCUAUUCUCGACAACUACAUGAUGUAUUCGGGGGAUGAUUCGAUCUUUACCUACACUUAUGCCCAUGUGAACAAGAAGAAUUGUCCAGUGUGUGGAAAUAUGGCUAAAAAUGUUACUGCCGAAAGAUGGUGGACAUUGGAAUAUUUCAUCGAUGAGUUGAGUUCAAAGCUGGAAAUUCAAAUGAAGAGGCCAUCCUUGUCCAGUUCCUCUGCAUACUUAUACUUGAGGAACCCACCAAAUUUGGAAGAGAAAACCAGGCCAAAUUUGUACAAAAAGUUGAGCACAUUAAUAGAUGAUGGCAAUGAAAUCGUGGUGACGGACCCCAAUCUUCCAAUUUCGUUACGGUUGGUGGUUAACUUCUCUGGGCCAGAACAUGAACCCCUUUGA